ACAAACAGCGGAGACGGAGCGGCAAGCCGCGAAGGAUCACACAGCGCACAUUGCUACAGGCGCGCACGCGCGCGCACGUCAACAACAGACUGUAGAAUUACAGACUGAGUUGUUUUUGUUUUUUUUUACGUCGUUCGUGUAAUCGAGAAAAAAAAACACGCAAGUUGCGGCGACUAGAAGGGACUCACCUUCUGCAGCCGGGAAGCUUUGAGGAAACGACAAAGCGAGCCAUCAUGUGAAAGAACUUAUAUGGGAAACAGACAAAAGGGCUGGAAAACGAGAGAAAUAGAAAGUAAAAGGGCCGCCCUCCCCACGCUGCGCUGAGCUGCCAAUCAUCUGUCCCACCUCGGAUCUUUCUGACUGACAGUGAUGUGUCCUCACGCUGCUCGUGGAUAAAUGAUCACUAAUCAGCCCCCGAAGAUGAAGGACAAGUCUGGUGUGAGCGGCAUGUCCGUGGAUGAGAAGACUGAAGACCCCAUGUAUGUGUAUGAGUCGACGGUUCAUUGUACCAAUAUCCUCCUCUGCCUUAAUGACCAGCGGAAGCAGGAUAUCCUGUGUGAUGUGACUGUCCUGGUGGAGGGCAAGGAGUUCCGAGGGCACCGGGCCGUGCUGGCUGCCUGCAGCGAGUAUUUUCUCCAGGCGCUGGUUGGCCAAGCAGAGAAUGCCUUGGUGGUUAGCCUUCCAGAAGAGGUCACUGCCAGGGGAUUCGCCCCAUUGUUGCAGUUUGCCUACACUGCUAAGCUGUUACUCAGCAGAGAAAAUAUCCAGGAGGUCAUCCGCUGUGCAGAAUUCCUGCGCAUGCACAACCUCGAGGACUCAUGCUUUCGCUUCCUGGAGGCUCAGCUACGCAGAGAGGAGGACAACCUCAUGCUUUGCCACAGGGGGGCACCGGAGGCUAUCAACUCAGAGGAUGAAAGCAUGCAGUCAGAGUGUGAAAGACCCGCCUCCCCCAGGACACAGCAUUGUGCAGACACCCUGGCCUCCGUUCAGAGUCCUGAUGAUGACAGGUUAGCAAUGACUGUGUCCAGUAACUUGACAGAUGGCCGGCUGGACUUUGAGCGACAUGGAGCAUCAGAUCUACCACGAUGCCCAAAGUACAGAAAAUAUCAGUGGGCUUGUAACAAGCACAAUAAUGACACUUCCUCACACACCAGUACCUCAGGUUUUCCAAGCACAAUUAAGGAGAGCAGCAUCAGUGGGGUUCUGCCGGGUCAGGGCAGGCUGCCCGUGACACAGAUAAAAGUUGAACCGCAGGCAGAGGAAGAGACCAUCUCUUUGUGCCUGUCAGGAGAUGAACAGGAUGUCAGGGACAAGGACAGUGUGACAGCUAUGGAAAUGGAUAACCCCUUAUCUCUGGAAAGAACCAAGAGAAACAAGUCCUCAUCUUGCCUCCAAGCCUACUUCAAGAAAGGAAUAGACCUUCCUAGUCUGUCCAACACUUCACAGCAGCUACUCACCAACAGACUUGUCUGCCCCCAGGACAAAGGAAACUCUCAGGGAGAUCAUAAAAAAGACUUCAGGCCUUUUACUGGGGAGCUGGAUCUGUCUGUUACAUCCCCAAAGGAGGUAGAUGGUUUCCCUGCAGGGUUGUCUCUGAAGUCUGCUUCCUGUGAUGGUGUCUGCAAACAGGAAGUUGAGCUAGACCGCCGAAGUGUCAUAUUUUCCUCAGGGGCCUCCAAUCGUCUGGGACCGCCAGCACAUUCCUACCCCGGUGGGAACUCUUUGGAAAUGGAGCUUUCUGAUCAAGUGACAAAAGGACUGUGGGCUGAAGCCUGCCAGUCCCUCCCAAACUCCCAGGCUUAUUCUCCCAGCACCACUUCCUCUGAGCCCCCAGUCCUGUCGCGUCCACGCCCCAACACCAGCUGCCCAGUGCCAAUCAAAGUAUGCCCACGCUCGCCUCCUUGUGAGACGCGCACCAGAACUUCCAGCUCCUGCUCCUCUUACUCCUAUGCAGAGGACGGUAGCGGAGGCUCUCCCUGCAGCCUGCCCCAGUUCGAGUUCUCCUCCUCGCCAUGCUCCAACGUGGCACGAUGCCUCAAUGUGGACCAGCAGGAGCAAAGUGUGGGAGGGGAUGCUCGUUUCAACCAGGUGCGACCCAAAAUCAAAUGUGAGCAGUCCUAUGGAACCAACUCAAGCGACGAGUCCGGGUCCUUCUCAGAAGGAGACAGUGAGUCAUGCCAUGCUCAAGAGCGAGGGCCAGAGGUGAAGCUUCCUUUUCCUAUUGAUCAAAUCACAAAUCUUCCACGGAAUGACUUCCAAAUGUUGGUCAAAAUGCACAAACUGACAUCGGAACAGCUUGAGUUCAUCCAUGAUGUGAGGCGGCGGAGCAAGAAUCGCAUCGCAGCGCAGCGUUGUCGCAAAAGGAAGCUUGACUGCAUUCUGAACCUGGAGUGUGAGAUCAGAAAACUAGAGUGUGAGAAAGAGAAGCUGCUGACAGAGAGGAACCAGCUGAAGGCCUGUAUGGGAGAGCUGUGGGAGAACUUCUCCUGCCUGUCCCAGGAGGUGUGCCGGGACGUCCAGCUGAGCCCAGAGCAGGUCCAGUCCUUACACCACUACUGCCCUGUGCUGCGACCCCCCAACUCCACUGCCAGCAACAACGCUGCCCACGAGCCAAGGCCCCCCACCAUCAGCACCCCGGCCACCACCAGCAUCGACCUCACAGGCCACUCUGGCUCUGCCACCCCUGAACCCAGCUUCCAGGGGUCACCGGGACCCUCAGAGAACGAGCCUGAAUCUACCGUCAGGAACGGGGCGGACCAGGAUAUGGGGGGCCGCGACACCAGCUUGUACUCCACAUCAGAGUCUGUGGAAAAAUCCAACCAAACAGUAACGGUAGAUUUUUGCCAGGAAAUGACUGAGAAAUGUACAACAGAUGAGCAGCCAAGGACAGACAGUACCAAGUAGAAGUGGAUCUUUAUUCAGUUGUUUUGAAUGUUUUUCUAUUAUUUAAUUUUACUCCUCUGACAAACCCUUUCUCUGGGUUGUGAGAUGAUCAGCCUCUGCCAGUGUUCACUGAAAAACAAGCUUUGUAUUUAUGUCAUUUUGUGUUGUUUUCGUUUCUGUAUGUUUUGUUGAAAUGGUUGACACUAAAAUUGUCUUAACAGCAGCAAUACUGUUCUGCAGGCAUUCUCCUCUUACCCUGACAGAGUGGGAACCUCUCACCAAACUCGUACUAUGGUGCUAUACCCGGCCAGCCGGCAGGAGCCUCUGCAGAGGAGACUGCCGUUCAUGUGUCACACAUCACAACUUCAAGUUGAACCUCAUUGGACCUAAGCAGCAGCUCUCUUUUUAUACAAACAGGAUCUAUGUUUCUUCCUGUCUGCUGUCCUUUUCUCCUUCUACUGCUCCGUCUUCAGAUGUACUCACACACACACUGCUUCCCCAUCAGGUUCCAGACCUGCUCUAGAGAUGUAGAGACACAAAUGUGUGCAGGAUCACCUCUAAACUACUUCCUGAGAGUAUAAAGGCAACUAUUUAGUAACCCCACAUGAUAGAAACCAAGUUUUUCAAUGUCAUUUUUAUCAGCAUCCAAUCCUGAGGAUACCUUCAAACUGUGAGAUGUUUCUUCUGAUUAUCCUGAAAAUCUCCUGAUGAUUUUAGCACAAACACUUUGGUCCUGAUUUCCACAUUUCUAUAGGCUGCCUAACAGGUGUGAAGGUUUAACAUUUAACCUGUAAGAUUUUAUCUCUGAGAAAUCAGUUUGUUCAGUUUGUAGCUGAAAAACUGUAAUCAUUUGCAUUAUUGAUUUUUUUGUACCUCAAGAUUCAUCCAGCAUGGAGAUUGUUGCUUCCAGCUACAAAUGGAGUGCAUCUUAAUUUGGGAGUACUUCACACUGGACAGCAUUUGUUUAAAGUAUUUAAGUUCUGUGCAUCCAUUUCAUUAACAUCAAGAUAAAUCAUCAUGACAGUGAAUGCAAACGUUUUGCUCAAACAGAGUUUUAUCAACCUAAAUAAGUAUUUAGUACAGAUCCAGUUUUUCCCAGGAUGAUGUAAACAGAGAUCUGUAGCAGCUCUGGCAGUAACUUUUUCAAGAAAGUUCUGAUGAGAUUCUGCACACAUUAGCGUAAACUUCUCAGAUGUUUGUGUGUGAAAGCAGCUCGUUAGUCUCUCUCUGCCUCUGUCUACCUCUCUCAGUCCCACUCUCUCUCUCUCGCUCUGUCUCUUCUAUGAUUAUAUCUCAGUGGCCCUUUUCGUCACAAGAAUUCAAACUCAGGAAAAAAAAAUCCUCUGAAUGUUCAACCUAAUUCAUUGAAAAUGAGAUGAGAGCUUCUGUACAAUAGGAAGUUACAAUGCAGUGAGACUGUAAAAUGUUCAUAUGCAAAAAAAAAAAAAAAAUGUUUUCAAGCGUUUCUUAUUUGUAUUUCUGUACAGGAGAACUUUGUACAGCCUGUAACUGAGAACAUUCCUUCUAUGCCUUCCACAGCACUGAAUUGAAAGGAGAAUGAUUAGAUGGCUAUUUUUAUUUCCCACUCAUCAGCAAUACCAUUGUAUUUGGAUGUUGUAUCAGUGAUUUUUCAAGUGCUUGUUUGGCAGAUGUGUAUAUAGUAUGGAGCAUGAUGACUGUAACAGUGAUUUUUGUACGUGUAGAAACAUAAGUGUUUCUUUUUAUUUCACUUGGGUUAUAUCAAGCACCUUUCUAAGGGAAAACUUUUUCUUUGCUGUUUCCUGUCCUGCCUAAUGAAUACUUUCCAUCAUGGUGGGUGUUCUGAUACUCAGGAAAUCAGCUCAAUACAUGAGUACACACACACAAAACACACACAGCAUGCAUCCAUACACAAUCAUCAGCCCCUUGCAUGUUUAGAAAUGACCCAUGAGAAUAUAUUUUAUGGACUGGCUCAGGCCGGCCCAGCUUCACCUUUGGCUACUUUUUAAAUGUGAAAACUUCUCAUGUUCUUUCUCCCCAUUUUGCUUACUUCCUAUUAUAGCAGUAUUUAAAGAUGCUACUUGUGUAAGCUCUCACAUUUUGCUAUUGACAUUUUAAAAUUUAUCCAAGAAAUAAAGUAAAGAAUGAAUGAAUGAGUUUAGGCACUUUGUUUCCGGCCCCGAGCGCUCAGAGCUACUAGCACUUCAGCUACAGUCUUUGUCUUUAUUUUCUUCUAAGUCUGAACCUGGAGCACUUAAAUUGGCCCUGCAAGAGAAAAUGUUUUUGAUGUCAUUAUAUUAAUAUACGUCGAUGAAGAUCUAAAAGAAGUUAAUGUUUUAGUAUGUGAUUAUUCUCAACUUUGCUUUGUGUUUAUUUAGUAAUGAAAUAAGCUAAUUCCUGAUUGAGUUGACAUGUAAGUGGUGUGUGUGUGUUGUCCAAAUGACUGAAUACCAAUCCUGUAAGGUCGUAAAAUUGUUGCCCUGAUUGUGUUUGAUCAUCCACCUCUGUGAUGUGCAUGCUGCCUAGAACUAUAAGCGUAGUUAGUUGGUCAAGCUCAUGUUUUGCCUUGCAAGUUCUCUCUUCUUUUAAAAUGCUUUUAAAAAUUAUUUCCCAAAAUGUUCUGUAUAAAGAAACUUAACUGUAUCAAACCUCACUAGAGGCAAGCUACAAGCAAGUAUAAGCAGGGUUGAAUUCAGCAUAAAACUUCGUUGCUUUUUCUUCUCUUUAAAGUCCCAAUCCUAAAGGUACGUACCUGUGAUGGUGUCGCUUCUGUUGUGCUGAGCUUUUCAACUAAGGCAUAAAUAACUAUGCUAACUUUGUUAUUUUAUCUAUCAAAGUCAGUCUUCAAAGUCUACCUCCGCCUCUGUCCCUGGCAUUAUCUAACCCUUCUUCACUACAACCAUGAACCCUGUUCCUCUUUGGCAGCUCCUCUACCUCCUCUGAACAUCUCCCUCAGCCUUCCCUUUCCAACAGUGAUUCCAGAUCGCUCCACCUGAGCUGUCCCUCUGAUAUAUUCAUUCCUAACCGUGUUCAUUUGGGUCACUUUUGGUGAAAACGUGACUUUGUCCAGCUCUGCUGGCUCUAUCUCCAUCUCCAGUUCCUGUUUGUAGAGCCACCAGCUGUGAAGCCUUCAUCUCAGCAGGUCUCUCUGCCAUUCUUUGUCCUAGUCUUCCCCUCUCUGGUGUUCUGCCUGCUGCUGUGGACAGCUGACCCCAGGUACUUUAACACCUGUUCUGCUUUCAGCUUCAAUGUUCAGCCUGUGUCCCUUUGAUUCCACCUUGCGCUUCCACUAUCUCCUGGUAGACUAUGGCCUCUAAGACCUUCAGCUCAGAAUGCAGCAGUGGUGGUUUGUACAUCCCAGUAGUCCCAGUUGAUACGUGUUGUAGGCAUACCAAUUUUCAUUUGGAAACACUUGGCUGCCAUACAGUGGUCUAACCCAAUUUGGAUAUUAAAUACCUAAGUGUAUAUUUAUCGUAUGUUAUAUUCUAUAAAUGAUCAUUCUCUUAAAGUAGAAACAAAUAUAUAAUGAUCUCAUUAAAACGGAUCACUAGCCAAUGGUUUUCCUAAAGCAUAACAAGCUGCAUACAUUCUCGAAGGGUUCACUGUUAGGUCAUCCGUCUUUAUUUUUGUCCCUGUCUUAGUAGGGUGUUUAUUUUGGCUUUCACCUUCAAUAUUUGGCUGUGUUUGACAGAGGACAUUAAAAAAAUCACUAAUAUUCCCAUGAAAGCCCUGCGACAGACUGGCAACCUGUCCAGGGUGACCCCGCCUCUCGCCCGGAAAGUAGCUGGAGAUAGACACCGGCAACCCUCCCGACCCCAUUAGGGACAAAGGGUGAACAGAAAAUGGAUGGAUGGAUGGAUCCCCAUGAAAAACCUGAUCCUUGCAGAAGCUUCUGCCAGGUUUUUCUGCCAACCUGUCUGACUGAUGCUGUGCUUCUUUUUUGUCUCUUCUUGUCAGAUUAACACAGGAUUGGGACUUUAAAGUUUGGAUGAGACUUUUUAAACAUUGUUCCUCCUAACUUUUUCUGACGUAAACUUUAGAUUAAGAUCUCAUUGGUUGUUCCUUUCUGUUUUUCAGCAGGAUACUGUCUCAAUGUACUUCACUACCCCAUCUUUAAAUUGUUAGGAUUGAUCCCUUUCAUAGAAUGCACACAUGCACAAGCUCAUGUACAUGUUACACACAUGCCACACAUACAAAGGUUUGGAGCAGUAGUAAUGAUAUUUAAAUAUAUAUUUCUACAUAUAUGAUGUUUUUGUUUGUUUCGUUUUUAUGUGCUGUUUUCUUUCAUGAACACACUCCAGAAGAAGCCCUAUGUUGACAGUUUUAGUUAGCAGAAAGAAAAUCUAAGAUCUACAUUGGACAUUUUUCUGCAAGACUAGACCUAAAGAUUAUUCUCUUUUUCUCUUGAGAAAUGUAGCCAAAGUUUAUCAGAGGCUCCUGAGAUGUUCUAAUACUUCUACAGAGAACACAGACUCUUCUUAACAUAUUUUGCUGAUUCAUCUGAAUUUCCGAAUAUAAUCCCACUGAACUAGGUUUCUGAGGUUUAGUCCCUGCUUUUGGUCCAGACUUUUAUGAUUUUUUAUGCUCUCUUAAUGCUGAAAGGGUCACCCGACCAUCUUGGAACAUUUGGGUUUAAGCAACAAAGAGAACAUGGUUUUAUUUUCCAUUUUCUAUUUUUAGUUGACAACAAAAUAUCUUUUACCACUGGUGAUUUCUAGCUACGUAAAUUUUUGUCACCAAGUUUCAAUCAAUACUCUGUAUAUUUCAUCACUUUAUACCAGUAACCUGGUCAUACCAAAGCUGUCUGCAUGGUGCGAGUAGAUGUCAGUCAGCCAAGGAUGUUUUAUUGCUAAUUCAGUGAAGCAUACCAUUAAAACCUCAGGGUGGUGAGUACUUAAACAUGCUCUGGAUAUCACUCUGAAGCAGGGAGUAGAAAAGCGGUGAGCUGAAUAGAUUUUGGAUUUUUCUGCUCAUGAUGUUGGAGUAUUUUAUUUUCUUCAGGUGACAGUGUUGCCACCAGAAACAAGCUCUGUAUUUGCCCACCUGAUGAAUGUUGAGGCUUGAUAUUCUUUUUUUUUCUCAAUCUGAUUUUAAUCUCCUGUGACUGUGUGCAAGCAGCACAAUGCAAGCAAUUUUUUUAUUUGGUGUGAGGUUAGCGGGGAGGAAGGAGAUGAGAUCAACAAAUUCAGUCUGGUUACUGUUAAACCAAAACUAGGAGCUGGAAGGUGCUGACUAGCUAUGCAGAUGAAAAGCAGAUGCAGAUUUGGUUUGAAUUCCUCUUUGUGUUAAAUCAGUUGCAAACCAAUCAGAUUGAUUAUAAACAAACUUUAUUUCUUAUUAUAUGCAUGAAUUGAAAGAAAGUCGUGUUGACAGGAGUUGGUCUCCAGGUUGCUUUGUGCAGGUCAAACAUAGUUCAACAGUAUGAUUUAUAUAUGAACAAGCUGUAGCUCUGUAAAAUGUACCCUCUCAUCUUUCUAUUUAGUUUUGUUACAUUUCUUUUUUUUUUUGUCGCUGCUUCUCUGACACAGACACUGGCUUUUGCAACUCCAAAGGUUGUUCUGAAAGAAUCUGCCUUUUCACAGAUUACUCGACUUCAUUUUUUUUAACAAAAUAAAAUGUGUGUUAUUUAAAUGCACAGGUUAAGAUCAUUGAGUGAAAUCUAAAUGUAAUAUGUUUACAGAUAGGUGUCAUGUCAUGUUUGAUCUAUUCUUCACCAUGUAAGAGACAAAGAAUGAGUUCCUCUGACCUUGUGUUUCAUCCAACUUUUUGGAUGACUCAGCAUUACAUGGAUACAAGUGCACCUCCGAUAUUUGCCUUAGAACUUGCAGAGGCCAUAGUUCACAUUCAAGUGAAGUGAGUGUAUGCAGGGGCCUGGGCCCCCAUCCCUGAGUAACCAGUGCAGACUUUUCUCACACUUAUCUACCUGUGAAAUCCUUCAUACCUCUCAUAACUGGUCAAUGACUGUAUCAGCAAACUGCAUCAGGUGUUUUUCUACAUGCUUUUACACAGAUUAAAUUGAUUAUUGUAUUGGUAGAUUUUGGUGCAUCAUUUUUAAUGUAAUAGCUUCUAAGCUUGUAGUUCAAGUUAUUUUUUCUUAUUUUUUCUAGAUUGUUUUGUGUUAAUAUUGUCCACUUGAAAUAGCUGUUAUUUGCUUAUUCUCUACUAAGAGUUCUUACCUAAAUUUUUAAUGCUACAUGACCCUAAUUAUUAAAGACUUAAUAACCAUGUAAAUACCUUGUUGUGCAACCCCAUUUUCAUUCAUUUCAAUUGCUAGUGUUAUAUAAAUGACUUUUUUGUCUAGACACCAUUUCUCUUUAUGAAAUAAAGAAACUUGCAUAUCA